AUGGCACAAAUCGCCCUCCCGCGACAGCCUGUUACCCAGGCUCCCGCCUCGGACAUGGGCGCUCCGCUGUACCAGAGACGUGCCCCGGCCGCCGCCGACCACAUCGAGCUGGUCCCCAACCCGCACUUCGUUUUCCCGCAGCCGUCGCCGGACUCACCACCUUCUGAUGAUCAGCGACCCUCUGGACGGCGGCCUAGCUCACUGCAAGUCCUCCCGACCGCCAGGCGCACUAACCCGGAUUUCAGCAAGCGACGUUCCGCAAGUGCUCUACCCGACUUCAGCUUCAACCCUGGCACGCCAAACCUCACUCCGGCUCCGUCGACUACGACUCCUCCACACACUCCAACGUCCAACUCUCCCACAACGCCGUCGAAGAACCUCGGGCACAGGCGCGGUGCGAGUGAGUUCAUCGGUGGUGGAAGCCGACGAAGCGGCACCAUGGUUCCCAUGAGCUCGAGCCCGACAAAGAUUGAGGGUGGCUUCCCUCCACAGCUCUCAACGCUGAAGCCUGGCCCUCCCGCAGGGAGAAGAGGACAUGCACACCGUCGUUCUGGCGCCAUUUCAUCGCAUGAUCUCUCUUUCCUACUCCAACCAUCAACCACUAACCCCGCGGACGCGCCUCCUAUGCCUGAGAUUCCCCGUAUCGACAACACCCCGGCGACGCCUGUUGAGAAGGAAUUGAAGCCUUCGCCUUUUCCCAAGACCCAGACUCCUCCCCCGGCCAUCAACAUUUCGGAUUCCGCAAACUCGACCCCAUACCAGGCUGGUUUAGAUUUCUCUCAGCGACCUCCGUCCCGUGCGCGCGUUGGAUUCUCCGAAACUGUUGAGUACAUCCGCCCGCUUUCAACCGUUUCCUCCGAGACGGAGAGCACCAUGUCAACGAUCCGCGGGCACUCGGUCUCGAACAGCCUGUCCUCCGUUGUCAGCGGUGCUUCGAGUCCGUCCGGCGCUCGGAUGGGUCGCUCGAAUCCCACCAUCGCUUUUGACAUGGAGAGCAAGUCCGGGCGGCCCAGCACGGCCGGCGCGAUUUUAGACGUAAAGGAUACCGGCAAGGGAACUUUCGGGGAAUUGCUGAACUCCAGGCGCCCACGAUCUGCCAUCUUUCCAGACGUGCAAGUUUCGCCACCUGCUAACAGCUCCCCCGCCCGCCAUGCCAAAAAGCGGAGCUUCUUCUGGUCCGAGCAGCGGAACAGCGAUUCUUCUAUUUCUGCAGCGUCUGCCACAACAACGUCCGAGGCUUCCGUUUCAGUGCUCUCGGAGUCUCCCAUGUCUUCGCCCGCUGAGCCCAGUCCCUCCGACGUCCAAAUCAAAGCACUAUCGACUCCCCCUCGUAAAUCGCAUGGCAAGAAGCCGCGAAAAGUGAAAUCGUGGGCCACGUCCAUCAUGACCCGCAAGGCGAAGCGCCACAGUUCUAAAUUGAAGGAGAUGCCCCGCAGAGGAUCGACCCCCACUCUCCCUAGUCAAUCCAGCUUUGCGGACGACGACAUCGAAGUCGAUCUUGACGAUCUGUCCCCGAACUUUGAUGACGACAACACUGUAACCAUCGUGAAUCCGACAUCGCAUCCUGUCAAUUCUAGGCCAAAACUGGAUACCACCAUCGCUUCCUGGAAGCCCAGGCAAUUUGAGGGCCCGGAAAACGACGCCAUGAGCCCAGCUAUCGAUCUCGAUGCUGCGCUCGGUCCGUUCAACACCCCCACAAUAGGUCCAGUACCGCCACGUGCGCAAGCGCGCGGCAUGGCUGCGAAGCGGAGACCAAUGCACAGCAGCAUGGGUGUCAUGUCUGGUCACCGUAGGACGGAGAGUGCGCCAGAGCUUGCUCCUUUCGAGCUUCGGAAUACUGCAGCUACUGGCCCUACCAUGGCGGACGUCUUCGAGGAAGAGGAGGAGGAAGAAUCAGAGGAGGAAGACCAAGCGGCAACACCGGCUAGUGGUAAAAGCUCGUCCGUUGUCGAGGCUUCUGCUAGCGAGGACGAGGAUGAAUCCGGGACUGGCAUCCAGGUCGUUGAGACCGAUCAGCCCCACGACGGGACUACGAUGAACUGGAACUUCAGUGACGCGUUCUCGAAGAGCAAGUCAUCGCUCGAGUUCCUUACACCUUCCCCGAAACCAAACGGCACAAUCGCGUCCAUCUCUCCUGGCACCAACCCUCUCGAAAUUUCUCGCGCCCCCAGUCCGUUCGAGCUUUCCGAUGAGCCUGAGGAACCUCGCACAUCCUCUGUAACUCGGUCCUCGGACUCGACAAUAACCCCAGGCGGUGAUGGCUCUAGGGAGCCAGAGCAGACUCUGCACCUGGCGGUACCAGCACAAACCCCGACUGCCCUUUCUCCUGAUUCACAGAGCACCUCUGGAUUCUCCUCGCCUGAUUUCGGCCGCGCCCAGAAUUCCUUUGACACGCCUAGGAUGGGCACUGCGGCCUCUUCCGUCACUGACACGCGCUCCAUGCAGAUGGGCGAGCCAGGACCCGAGUGCCGUGUCUCGGUGGACGACGUCCCUUCGUUGACAAGCAGCAGGUCUACCAUGACUAGCGCUCAACAAGCAAACUUCCCCUACGUCAUGCCUCGGAGCCCCGGUGACCGCGUGGGGUCUGUGUCAUCCAUGUCAAGCAUGCCUUACGACACACGUCGGAAGCGCACGAGUAUCGCCAGUCUCUCAAGACUUGUGGGCAGCUCUUUUGGAGAAAGGAGCAAGCUGUCCAUCGAGCAAAGACCUCAGUCCGAGCACGCCGACAAGCCACAGGACAUGAAGCACAAGAAGACUAAGCGGCUCAGCAAGAUGAUGCAGUUUUGGAAGAAUAAGCAAAGCCUGCGCUCAUAA